CAGCCGAGGGGCCGGCCCGCCAGCCAUGCGCCGCGCCGGAGCGCCCCCGGCGGCCGCCUAGCCCCGACCGCCGUCCCGCGCCGUCCCCUCCGCUCGGGGAGGGGCGAGCAUGAGCGGCCGCCCCGGCUCGGAGGAGGCAGCCGGGCGCAAGGCAGGACCCCCCCCGCCGGCCCCGAGGGGCAGGAGCGCGGAGGAGGCGGAGGAGGCGGCGCUAUGGUGCCCUUUGCGCCGCUCGAGGGCGCGGAGGAGCCGCCGCCUGAGCCCGACGCGGAGCCCUUCUGCCCUCCGCCGCCGCCCCCGCCGCCCCCGCCGCCCGAGAUCGCCGCGGGAAGAGGACGAGGAGGCGGAGGAGGAGGCGGCAGCACCGGCGGCAGCAGCAGCAGCAGCAGUCCGGGCGGCGAGCUGAAUGGCAUUAAAAUGGUGGAUGAACCUAUGGAGGAGGGAGAACCAUAUUCCUGUAAUGAUGAAGGAAGUGUCAAAGAGAUCCCUAUUACCCACCAUGUAAAAGAAGGAUGUGAAAAAGCAGAUCCUGCACAAUUUGAAUUGCUUAAAGUCCUUGGUCAAGGGUCAUUUGGAAAGGUUUUUCUUGUGAGAAAACUAAUUGGUCCUGAUGCUGGGUAUUUAUACGCCAUGAAAGUUCUAAAGAAAGCUUCAUUGAAAGUUCGAGACAGAGUCCGCACAAAGAUGGAGAGAGAUAUAUUAGUAGAAGUAAAUCAUCCAUUUAUUGUCAAACUGCACUAUGCCUUCCAGACUGAAGGAAAGCUAUAUUUAAUAUUGGACUUUCUCAGGGGAGGAGAUGUGUUCACAAGAUUAUCCAAAGAGGUUAUGUUUACAGAGGAAGAUGUGAAAUUCUACCUCGCAGAACUGGCUCUAGCUUUGGAUCACCUGCACAGCUUGGGAAUUGUAUACAGGGACUUGAAGCCAGAAAACAUUUUGCUUGAUGAAGCAGGACAUAUCAAGUUAACAGACUUCGGCUUAAGCAAAGAAUCGGUGGAUCAAGAGAAGAAAGCCUAUUCUUUCUGCGGUACUGUAGAAUACAUGGCCCCUGAAGUUGUGAACAGGCGGGGCCACAACCAAAGUGCCGAUUGGUGGUCCUUUGGUGUCCUCAUGUUUGAAAUGCUGACUGGUACUUUACCUUUCCAAGGUAAAGACAGGAAUGAAACUAUGAAUAUGAUCCUCAAAGCAAAACUUGGAAUGCCACAGUUCCUUAGCCCUGAAGCUCAGAGUCUCCUGAGGUUGUUAUUUAAAAGGAAUCCUUCAAACAGGCUAGGGGCUGGUCCUGAUGGGGUUGAAGAAAUAAAGAGGCAUCCCUUCUUUUCAACCAUUGACUGGAAUAAACUUUACAGGAGGGAGAUCCAGCCUCCAUUUAAACCUGCUUCUGGAAGACCGGAAGACACCUUUUGCUUUGACCCAGAAUUCACAGCAAAAACUCCCAAAGAUUCUCCAGGAGUUCCUCCAAGCGCCAACGCCCAUCAGCUUUUCAAAGGCUUCAGUUUUGUUGCGACGAGCUCCAUAGAAGACCACAAACUCACCCCUCUCAACAACAUUUUGCCAAUCGUACAGCAACUUCAUGGGAGCAGUGCACUCUUCACAGAUGCCUAUGAACUUAAAGAAGACAUUGGUGUGGGUUCCUACUCAGUGUGUAAGCGCUGCAUUCAUACAGUUUCCAGUAUGGAAUUUGCAGUGAAGAUAAUUGAUAAAAGUAAGAGGGAUCCUUCUGAAGAAAUAGAAAUCCUGAUGCGAUAUGGACAGCACCCCAACAUUAUUACUCUAAAGGAUGUGUACGAUGAUGGUAAAUAUAUCUACCUUGUCACAGAAUUGAUGAAGGGAGGUGAGCUUCUGGACCGUAUUCUCAGAAAGAAGUAUUUCUCAGAACGUGAAGCCAGUGCCGUCUUGUACACUAUCGCUAAGACUGUGGACUACCUGCACUGUCAAGGAGUUGUGCAUCGGGAUCUUAAACCAAGUAAUAUUUUAUAUAUGGAUGAUUCUAAUAAUGCUGAUUCCAUCAGGAUCUGUGAUUUUGGCUUUGCCAAGCAACUCCGGGGAGAGAAUGGGCUUCUCUUAACACCUUGCUACACUGCUAAUUUUGUGGCACCAGAGGUUCUCCUGAGGCAAGGCUAUGAUGCUGCUUGUGAUAUCUGGAGCUUGGGUGUUCUCCUUUAUACAAUGCUGGCAGGGUACACCCCUUUUGCCAACGGGCCCAAUGAUACCCCCGAAGAAAUCUUGUUACGGAUUGGGAGUGGGAAAUUUUCUUUAAGUGGAGGCAAUUGGGACACUGUGUCGGAUGCUGCAAAGGAUUUGCUAUCUCACAUGCUACAUGUGGAUCCACAUCAAAGAUACACUGCAGAGCAAGUUCUGAAACAUUCGUGGAUAGCCUGUAGGGAUCAGUUGCCACAUUACCAGCUAAAUAGGCAAGAUGCACCCCAUUUAGUGAAGGGGGCCAUGGCUGCGACAUACUCUGCAUUGAAUAACAAGACAUUUCAGCCAGUUUUGGAACCAGUUGCAGCUUCAAGUUUGGCUCAGCGGAGAAGCAUGAAAAAACUAACAUCCACAGACUUAUAGGUCAGCUGGAACAUUUAACCCACGUGGAACAGAGGGGGAAAAAACUAAUGAAAAAACCCCAAGAAGCAGCUCUGUAUUUGCCUGCCCUGUGAAUUAAAAGGCAUAUUCCAAUUCCUCCUACAUUUACUUGAAUUCAGUGGAAGAAAGGACGAAAACACAACAAAACAAAAACAAAAACUUCUACCAGUUUAGAGGAUUUAUUGCUGUUAGUAGGUUGGUGUUAGUGGCAUCAGGGUACUUUGCAACUGCGGUGAGGAGUUUACGGUACACAUUUCAUUUCGGAGAUCGAUUGCAUUAUGUUAAUACUUUUAAAUACUGUAUAGUUUUCAUCCGGUUUAUAAAGAUAUGUAUUAGUUAAUCAGAGACGCUGCUCAAGUUGUAAAUUUUAAUUCAAGAAGAAAAGGUCAGUGUUUUAAUAUUUUUGCUAUCUUUGCCCUGUUGUAAAGACAAAGAAAAGAAAACAUUAAAACAUGAUGUGCUCUGGUUUUGUAAAUCGAUCACCUUAAACGGCAGACUCCAUGCAUUUGAUUCGUGGGUACGACAAGCCAAGGACCACUGAAACGGAUAUCCUAGUGCAAAAUGAAUGAUGGAAGCCCUUGUGUUCUGUUGGCGUCAGGCAGUUAUGUGUAAAAAAUAAUGUACAGCUAUACUAAUAAUCCAUGAACAAACUGAGAUGAUAAGUGUGUAAAGCCUUCAUUAGAGCUGUAGAUUUGGUCAACCUAGCUGUGUCUUUCUUAAGGCUUUUGAAGAGUGGUGGUGGUUAGGAAAAUAAAUAUUCCGUUGUACAUAAUGUCAAUGUAUGACAUCACCAUCACGGGACCUUUUCAAGAAAGGGUAAGUAGAUCUCUGCUUGAUAAUGCUUUAGAUCAGGGGUCUCCAACCUUGGCAACUUUCAGACCUGUGGACUUCAACUCCCAGAAUUCUCCAGCCAAUCUGGGAGAUGAAGUCCACAAGUCUCAAAGCUGCCAAAGUUGGGCACCCCUGCUUAGAUACAGAUAGAAUAAGGUGUGUAGAGCUUAUGCCACACUGAUGGGCUUCAACUCCCAGAAUUCCCAUAGCUGGCUGAGAAUUCUGGGAGUUGAAGUCCACAGGUCUGAAAGUUGCUUCGGUUGGGCACCCUUGCUUAGAUACAGAAUAAAGUGUGUAGAGCUUAUACCUAUAUCCAAAAGGCUGCGAGUUAAUAUCAACUCCUACAGUAUUGUGCUGUCAUGUCCUGAGGCUUAGAUUUGUUUCGUCUGUGAACUUUUGUGUAACACAGUCUGUGCCCAUUUCAUUUAGCCAUAGGAGGACUGACAUUGUAUUUGCUCUGACAUUCUGGAUUGAACCCUGCCACUCGAUUGGUAUCGGGAGAAGACAAAUGAAGCUACCUUGAUUGGUAUUGAGACAAGACAAAUUAAGCGACCUUGCUAAUUAAGCUAAUGCACUGUGCUGUCCUCAAUUUCCUUCAUAGUCUUCGGUUUUCAUUGUGCCUCUAUUUUCUCAUCCUGGGGUAGCGUUUUAUUCAUCCUAAGUUGUAUGAUGGUGACGUUUUUAAUCACAGACCAUAUUUCACAAUCGUUUUUAUUUAUUCACACAUUGAAAAGUUCUCUGAGUUCCUUUUUUCCCCUCCGUGAUAUUUUAUAAAGAAUUUUGAAAAUGA